AUGGACCCUGCCCGCCUUGUCCUCUUCCUCCUAUUGGUGGCCAUGAGUUUUCAGGAGAGCUGUGCUGCUCCGUGGCGAGCACGGGGAGCAGCCCGGAACUGUUUCCGAGGCGCUCCUGUGCGGAAGGGAGAGAAUAGUGUUGUGAAGGAAUCCCUGGCUUUAAUUGCAUCCUGCGACCUUGUGGCUGAAGGGAUGCUCAGUAGCAGUUGCUUUGUCCUGUGUUCAUUUGCAGAUUUGACUAGAGGAGUUGAUCCAGCUUCCUCUCUGAGAUCUGGAACUGAAACUCUGUCGGAUCGCGCAGAAGUGCCCCCAGUGUGGGCCUUGCCCGGUCAUCGGUUUCCUCCUGUGCUGGAGCCCAGCUGGAAUCCCAGCAGUCCGGAAAGAGAAGAGGAUGAAUCCAAACGAGGAAAAUACUCUCAGGGCUCAUCCCGUCUCCUGAAGCGACUGCUGAAGGAAAUGGAGAAGGCAGAGCGUGGAACGGACCAACAAAGUGAGCGGGAUGCACUCCAGGAAGGUGGAUAUCCCACACUGCCCGUCCCGGACAGAGGAAUGCAGGCAGCACCAACCGGCAUGCCAGGGAUGAACACAGGCAAAAGCACAGAGGCUGCUGCUCACACAUCUGUGCGGAAGCGCCGCAUUCCGGUGACGGUCUCAGCGAUGCUGCUGCCUGCGCUGGUGCUGGCCGUUGGUGUUGUGAUAUGGGUGCUCAAAGACUACCUAGCACGCAAGAGGGAAAAGAGAGCAGCAGAACAAGCUGAUCCCGAUACCGACAGUGAGGCUGUUCCGACUGGAGAUGAGAGCAGAUGGAGCUGGGGAAGGCAACGAGACAGACUCUGA